UUUUCGACUCCAUUAACAACAGUAACAAUCAUAACCAGAAAGCAUAUAUAUGCACACAUUCAAAUCCAAAGCUUCUUGAAAUAGCAUCAUAUAGUCAUAUAGACAUACACAUACCGGUAAAUGGCAGGCCUAUGGAGAGCCAAGCGAGUCACAGACCCGCUUGACGACAAGGCAAGAGCUCGACUCUUUGGCGGCCAUGGCCAACCCAGUUCGGUAAGCAGCGGAAGUGAACACCCCGGCGACGAUUCUCCGUGCCUGUCUGAACUGCUUCACGGUUUUCUUGAACAGGGCACUGAUACUCAAAAACAGGGCUACGAUUCAGACUCGGACCGAGUUGACUCUGUAACCGACUCUGUGGAAUUGGUGCUGGAAAUUCUAAAAUCGACCAUUAACAGCAAUGCGGAUUCUUAUAAGAAUUUACUUUUCAGUCAUGUCUUGAAAGCGGUGGAAGUGUUUUCGUGUUUGCGAUCACAGAAAACGAUGCUAAGGCGUAACGUGAUGGGUUUUCUUAGAGAAUUCGGUCACAAUGCCGCGAUCUGCAAGAGUAAAUGGGACUCUUCAGGGGGGAUCACCGCCGGUAGCUACGAGUAUCUCGACGUGGUAAUCCAAUCAACUACUGGCUCAACGAGGCAAAAUCGGUACAUCAUAGACCUCCAUUUUGGUUCCGAGUUCGAGAUCGCGAGGCCGACGAGUCAGUACUCGAUGUUGAUGCAGUCACUGCCGAUGGUUUUUGUGGGGAGGAGCGAGGAUUUGAAGAGGAUCGUGAGGGCGAUGUGCGAUGCGACGCGGAGAUCACUGAAGAGCAGAGAUCUGUCUAUACCGCCAUGGAGAAAGAAUCGGUACAUGCAGAACAAGUGGUUCAGCCCCUACCGUAGGACAACUAAUCUUUUACCGGCGAACACAUUGACGGCGGCCGACGGCGUCAAAUGCCGGUUUGUAGAGAUGAUGAUAAUGAACUGAUGGGGAUUUACAAUAAUUAUCAUAAAAUAUUUAGUGUUUUAUUGUCAAUAAUUUUCACUAACUCCACUGAAAAAAUGGGCGCAUAGUAUCCAAACAAAAUGGAAGAUCCGGAACCGGUGGCGUACGCGGGAAAUGCACAUCGUGUGUUUUGCGGCAUGUUGCGGUUUGCGUUUCGCGUGUGUAAACGGAAACGUUAAAACUGUGACAUGAGAAUUUUGGGACUUUGCGGAUCCUCGCUUUUGACUAAUUUGGAUUGUUGUGAAUAAUUUUUUAUUUGUCUAUACAGUCGGCAUGUAGGUAUCUGUGAACCAUUUGUAUGAUAGUCUAGCGAUUAAUUUUGUACGGACUCAUAAUUUUUUGAGUUUGAUCCCAUUCGGAAUAAUAUUUUUGUGAUCA